CUGGGAGCGCCGCCGAGAAGCCGGCCCUGCCCCCGCGGUGACCCGUAGCAGACGCUGGCAGGUGGCCGGACAUCCUACCGCGGGCUGCCAGGGCUGCGCCAGGGCGAGCGCCGGGCGUUGGGGACGCGCGGGCCUGGCCGGCCGGGGCUGCGGGACCUCCGGCCGAGGAGCGGCCAUUGGCGAGAGCGGGGAGUUCGGGUUGGAUGGGGAGGCCUGGACGUGGAGGAACCGACGCGUGGGGGCCUGAAGGAAAUGCAGUGUUUGGAGUUGGCCAGUGCAGAUCUCUUACCCAGGGGCUAAGAUGGAUCUUGUACUCAAUGCUGCUGAUUAUUAUUUUUUUACGCCAUACGUAUAUCCAGCCACGUGGCCAGAGGAUGACAUCUUCCGACAAACUAUCAGUCUCCUAAUUGUAACAAAUAUUAGUGCUUACAUCCUUUAUUUCGUCUGUGCAACACUGAGCUAUUAUUUUGUCUAUGAUCAUUCAUUAAUGAAACAUCCACAAUUUUUAAAGAAUCAAGUCUCUCGAGAGAUUAAGUACAGUGUCCAGGCCUUGCCAUGGAUGAGUAUUCCUACCGCGGGCCUGUUCCUGCUGCAGUUGAGAGGUUACAGCAAGUUGUAUGAUGACGUAGGAGAAUUUCCAAAUGGCUGGUUCCAGGUACUGGUCAGUGUGGUGUCUUUCCUCUUUUUCACUGACAUGCUGAUCUACUGGAUUCACAGAGGCCUUCAUCACAGGCUGGUAUACAAGCAUAUACAUAAACCUCAUCAUAUUUGGAAGAUCCCUACCCCAUUUGCAAGUCACGCUUUUCACCCUGUGGACAUCUUCCUACAAGGUCUACCUUACCAUAUAUACCCUUUUGUUUUCCCAUUACAUAAGGUGGUUUAUUUAGGUUUGUAUGUCUUGCUUAAUAUCUGGACAGUUUCCAUUCAUGAUAGUGAUUUCCGUGUCCCCCAGAUCUUAAUGCCAUUUAUUAAUGGCUCAGCUCAUCAUACAGACCACCACAUGUUUUUUGACUGCAACUAUGGACAGUAUUUCACAUUGUGGGACAGAAUUGGAGGCUCAUUCAAAAAUCCUUCCUCCUUUGAGGGAAAGGGACCACUUAGUUAUGUGAAGAAGUUGACGGAAGAAACGUGCAACAGCCAUUCAGAAAAGGGUAGUAAAAAUGAAAAAUUACUCAAUGGAGAAUUUACAAAGACUGAGUAGAUGAUUGCCCAAUUAUUCUUAAAUGUUUUUAAUAAGGAAAAACACUAUGUACAGCCAAAAUGCACAGCGUUGGUAUCAUGUGUAAAUCAGCAUUUUGAGUACUGCUGAGGAAUGAUUGUGAACGGUAAUAAGAAGAUGAAGUGAAUACCAAGAUUUUAAUCUUGUGCUUAAAAUACCAGAUAUUUAUCCAAGGGACAACUUGUGUUUUUUUAGCCAGCACAUCUGUUUGUACAGCCUCAACAGCAAUUUUAAAUAAAAUAUAUAAGAAGGUAGGAUUUAUCUUUUGCCUUAAUCCAUCCAUGUUCAUUAGGAAAAAUUUAUUGUGCUUAAUAAUACUGAAACUAAGAACCGUAACUAAGAAAUGCUAAUAUAAAGAUCGUUCCUUGUUUCAGGAAUGGUUAAUUCUUUAGUAUUGGCAGGAUAAUGACUGUUUAUAGUGCUUUGUAAGCAGAAACAUCAGUGUGACAAAAUCUUGGGUAUAUUAGCCAUGUAAGUGACCUGAUUGAUAGCAGGUGUAUUAAGACUCUCAUCUUCCUACACUUAGGAGGCUCAUUCUUUUUUUUUUUUUUUUUUUGUAGAUACAGAGUCUCACUUUAUUGCCCUCAGUAGAGUGCCGUGGCAUCACACAGCUCACGGCAACCUCCAACUCCUGGGCUGAAGUGAUUCUCUUGUCUCAGCCUCCCGAGUCGCUGGGACUACAGGCGCCCGCCACAACGCCCAGCUAUUUUUUGGUUUGCAGUUCAGCCAGGGCCGGGUUUGAACCCGCCACCCUCGGUAUAUGGGGCCGGCGCCUUACCGACUGAGCCACAGGCACCGCCCAGGAGGCUUAUUCUUGAAAUAUUAUCAAAUACUACGUUUUACUGAUGAAUAAGUAAAUUGGAAUUUGAAAAAUACCAAUAUUAGCAUGAGAUAAUACACAUCUGGGUUUAUGUAACUGAAGGUUUUAAUGGUUAUUGUUUAAAACCAUUAUUUAAUAAUGAUAAGGAUAUGUGAACCUGCAUAUAUUGAGGAAGAGAAAUUUGAGGCCCAGGUAAUAUAUUUGGUAGUCCUAAUUUUUUAAUUAAUGCACUGCACUUUUGAUGUCUCAAAGUUACAAGCCUGUACUUAUUUUAUAAAAGGAAAUAAUUGUCAACUAUUUAGACUCCUCACUUGUAUAGGUGACUUUGUUUUGAAAUAUCCUUCUCCUUCUCCUUCCCUUUUCCCCAAUUCCUCUGCAUAAAGAUUCAACAAGUACUUUCAUGAAGAAAUUUGUGUUAUAAAUAUAUUGGGAAAAUGUGGUUUGUAAAGGCGUUCUAUAAGCUAUUUAUGCAAAAUCAAUAAAGUGUGAUAAUUACUGUU